AUUAGCUACUGGUACUUGCCACCAACUCUGUUCUGAUGACGAGUGCUAUGCUUUUUUACUAGAAAACCUCGAAGCUUUCUCCUCCGGCAUCCGCCCUUCCCAAUCGCUGAAAAAAUCGAGUGGCUUGCUGCUAUCAUGUGAUGUCUGACAUGUGCUAGAAAAGUCCACAGGGCUGCUCAGCUGCUCCUCCUCGAUUCCUCAUCUUGUCGCCAGUCUGAGCUGCGAGCUUGGGAUCGACCAUGUCUGCUCCUCCUCCUCUGAUGGCGAUGCUCCUAGCGGUCGCCGUGAUGCUGGCGCCCCGUGCUCCCGUCGCCCGUGGCAGCGGCGCCCACCCGGCCUACCCGGACGCCGGCGGCACCUGCGGGCCGGCCGCUGCCGGCGCGGAGGCGCGGCUGGAGGAGCACGGCGGCGGGCGGAUCAUCGACAUCACGCACGCGUACCGACCGGAGCUGCCGGCGCCCGGGCGGGACGGCGGGCUGGGUCCGGUGACCCGGCUCGCGGAGUCCAUGGCCAACGGGUCCGUCAGCAACGUGUCGGAGCUGCGCAUGCUGGUGCACUCCGGGACCCAUGUCGACGCGCCGGGCCAUAUGGUGCAGGCGCACUUCGAGGCCGGCUUGGACGUCGACAAGCUCGACCUCGACGUCCUCAAUGGGCCUGCAUUGCUCAUUGAUGUUCCAAGAGACACAAACAUAACAGCCGAAGCAAUGGAAUCCCUAAAUAUCCCUAAAGGAGUUCGUCGGGUUCUAUUCAGGACACUGAACACAGACAGGAAGCUGAUGUGGACAAAGGAAAUCGACACGAGUUUUGUUGGGUUUACAGAGGAUGGUGCGCAGUGGUUACUUGAUAACACUGACAUCAAGCUAGUUGGGGUUGACUAUCUAUCAUUUGCAGCAUUUGAUCACUUGAUUUCAGCCCAUUUGGUCUUUUUAAAUAACCCGGACAUAAUCCCAAUAGAAGGUCUGAAACUAGAUCAUGUAAAGGCUGGAAUAUACACGUUGCACUGCUUACCUCUCAGACUGAUCGGAUGUGAUGGCUCACCAAUCAGGUGCAUCCUUAUCAAGUGACCACGCGGUACUACUGCUGAAGGUGACAGUGUAUCAUGCCAGCUGAUACUGCAUCCUGGCACAAAUACCACCUCUGUAUGAAAGGAAAUGUUUGACUCCAUUUUGAUAUGUUUGUGAACUCAACAAGGAAACGUCAAUAAUUUACUACUGACAUGUCACAUGUCCAUGUUUGUACGAAAGACUUACAGUGGUUCACAUGGGAGGCAAAUGCUGUCUGCUUGUUUUGAACUGUUAUUUCAAUAUUAUAAUCUGUAAUAGUAGCUAUAUCUGCAAUUCUCCAUUACUAGCAGUACCUAAAGCUUA